AUGGCAGACAGCGCCGAGUGCUACAAGGUUGGCGAAAUAUGCUGGCUCGAGAUACCCGUGCACGACGCAGCGCGGGCGCAGAAGCUCUAUUCCGACAUCUUCGGCUGGGAGUGCAAGCCCGAGGCCAUUCCAAAGGGCGACCACGGCGUCGCGUCGCUGCAUUUCUUCAGCAGCAAGGGCAACGGCGUCAAUGGCGUGUUCCUGCUCAUGGAAGAAGGCUACGAGGCGACGAAGUACGGCAAGCUGGGCAAGGAGGUGCUGCUGCCGCCGCUGCCCACGUUUUGCGUCGAAGAGUGCAACGCGACGCUCGAAAAGGUGAAGAACCACGCGGGCGAAACCCAAUGCCCUAAGACGGAGAUCGGUGGCAACAUGGGCUUCUAUGCGCGCUUCACCGACCCCGAGGGCAAUGUCAUUGGCAUCUGGUCUCAAAAGUAG